AUGCUUGAAGAACUAUUAAUUCAUAAGCCAGAUGAUCCCAUUCAGUAUAUGAUAAACCAUUUAAAGCAAAACAAUGAUGAUGCUCCAAGAAUUUGUGUACUUGGGCCACCUGCUUCUGGGAAAACUACAGUUGCAAUGUGGCUUUGUAAACAUUUGGAUGCCAUACGUAUCUCUCAGGAGACUUUGUUAUUCAAGGAAAUAUUAGCGCUGACAAAGGAAGCAAAGGCAUAUAAAGAAAGAAAACAGAAAAUUCCCAACGCGCUUUGGGCCAAUCUGAUCCAGGAACGUCUGUCAAACGUGGACUGCAUCAAACAAGGAUGGAUUUUGGAAGGCUUCCCUGAAAAUCGGGAACAGGCAUGGAUGCUGCAAUCAUCUGGCAUCAUUCCUAGGCAUGUUGUUGUGCUUUAUGCUCCAGACACUGUGCUGAUUGAGCGGAACACUGGGAAAAGGCUUGAUCCCUUCACAGAAGAGGUGUACCAUACAACCUUUGACUGGCCAAGUGAUCUGUUGGUACAGCAACGUUUGGUGAAACCAGAAGAUCUGUCUGAACUGGAGAUGUCAAAGAAACUGCUGGAAUACCACAGAAACUUCCCUGGCGUUUUCCAGAGCUACCAAAAAGUUUUGAAAUCGAUCAACGCAGACCAGCCUUCUGUGGAUGUUCUCUCACAGGUUCUUACCUAUGUCCAAACACGGCACCGAUCAGCCGCCCCCUUUACACCACGGAUUCUCUUUUGUGGACCCCCAGGCAGUGGGAAGAGCCUGCAGGCAGCACUAAUAGCUCAGAAAUAUGGUGUUGUCAAGAUUUGCUGUGGGCAACUGCUAAAGGAAGCAGUUGCAGACAAGACAAAACUUGGAGAACUCGUUAAGCCUUAUAUUGACAAUGGAUACCCAG